CGCUGAGUGGACUCUUUUUGAUUGGUUGAAAUGCUCCACUUCACCGGGUGGCUUUCCAUUUUUUGACUUCCAUUGCCAAUGCUCUUACAGUGGAAGAUGACAAUGGCAGCCUUGACAAAUGGGAAGGGUUCUCCCCAUCGCGACAUUCCCCUAAUCCAGCCUCCAAAUCUUCGUCCAAAAUCUUCCAAAUUUCACAUCAAUGGCUGCUUUCAAUGGACAAUUGCAGAGAGGAGCAUCAGUAAAAUGGAUUCUGGAAAACGCGGAGACGGAGAACACGUCGGAUGCCCCCGUAAUACAAUCAGGGGCGUCGCGAGGGUUCAAUGGCCUAAGGUUUCUGGAUAGAUCAAUCACGGGGAAGGAAGCAGAUGCAUGGAAAGACAUUGAGAGACAUUUCAAUCAAAAUGCAGAUGCUGGGAGGCUUUACAGGCACAAAUUUGGGGCCUGCAUUGGAAUGGGAGACAGCAAGGAAUUUGCGGCCGAGUUAUUUGAUGCUUUGGCAAGGCGGAGGAAGAUUGAAGCAGAGAAUGGAAUUACUAUAGAAGAAAUGCGAAUGUUUUGGGAAGACAUGACAGACCAAGACCUCGAUACACGGCUUCAUAUUUUCUUUGACAUGUGUGACAAGAAUGGUGAUGGGAAGCUAUCAGAAGAAGAGGUUAAAGAGGUUCUAGUGAUGAGUGCUUCUGCCAACAAAUUGUCCACGUUUAAGCAACACGCCGAAUCCUAUGCCGCUUUAAUCAUGGAAGAGCUUGAUCCUGAUCAAAAUGGAUACAUAGAGAUGUGGAAACUUGAAACACUACUAAGAGACAUUGUGGGAUCGGAAGACGGGAACAAGCAGAAGUUCAAGAAAACGCAGACAUUGGCAAGAACGAUGAUACCGAAACAGUAUAGAGAUCCAGUGAGCAAAUUCAUGUCUAUGACAGGAGAAAAGAUGCACGAAAAGUGGCAACAAAUAUGGGUACUCACAUUGUGGGUGUGCAUCAACAUGACACUCUUUGUCUGGAAGUUCAACCAGUUCAAGCACCUAGCAGCCUUCCAAAUAAUGGGCUAUUGUGUAUGCAUAGCCAAAGGCUCUGCAGAGACACUAAAGUUCAAUAUGGCUCUCAUUCUCCUCCCUGUGUGCAGAAGAACUCUCACCACCCUCCGAGAGUCAUUCCUCGGUGCAAUAAUCCCUUUUGAUGAUAACCUCGCCUUCCACAAGAUAAUCGCCCUUGCAAUUAUCAUUGCGACAAGGAAUGUCAUCAAACUGCCCCCACCCCUUCAUCAUUUAGCAGGGUUUAAUGCUUUUUGGUAUGCACAUCAUCUGCUGGUAGUAGUCUACUUCCUCUUUAUCAUCCACGGCUACUUUAUCUUCCUCACACAAGAAUGGUAUAAAAAGACGACGUGGAUGUAUAUCAUAGUACCAAUGAUGGCAUAUGCCAGUGAAAGAGUUUUCCUCGUCUAUGAAAAUAAAUACGAUGUGAACAUCAAAAAGGCAGUGAUAUAUACAGGAAAUGUUUUAGCACUGUACAUGAGCAAGCCUCCAACAUUCAAGUAUAAGAGUGGAAUGUACAUUUUCGUAAAAUGUCGGGAUAUAUCAAGUUUUGAAUGGCAUCCUUUCUCAAUCACUUCUGCACCUGAUGACAACUACUUAAGUGUCCACAUUCGUACGCUUGGCGAUUGGACGACAGAGCUUAAAAACAAAUUUGCAAAGGCCUGUGAACCGCAAUCUGUGCAAUCAAGAAAGGGAAAUCUUGUGAGGAUGGAAACUAAAGCCUACUCAAAUGCUUCUGGGGAGUCACAAACAGUAUUUCCAGCGAUUUUAAUAAAAGGACCUUAUGGUGCCCCAGCUCAAAAUUACAAGAAAUAUGACAUCCUUUUACUCAUUGGCUUAGGCAUUGGAGCAACGCCAUUCAUCAGUAUUAUCAAAGAUAUCUUACACAGUGAAGCAGUUGUCACUGAGCAGAACGUGGAACCUAAUAGGGCGGGGCCUCAUAGAGCUUAUUUCUACUGGGUGACACGAGAGCAAGGAUCAUUUGAAUGGUUCAAAGGUGUCAUGGAUGACAUAGCUGAGUAUGACCGAAAUCAUGUGAUAGAGAUGCACAACUAUUUAACGAGCAUGUACGAAGAAGGAGAUGCCCGCUCUGCACUCAUUGCCAUGGUGCAGUCUCUGCAACAUGCCAAAAAUGGAGUCGAUGUUGUUUCAGACAGCCGGAUAAGAACACACUUUGCUAGACCAAACUGGAAAAAAGUGUUCUCUCAAAUGGCAGCCGCACAUCCCUCUUCUAGAAUUGGAGUAUUCUAUUGUGGGAGCCCUACGCUUACAAAAUCUCUACAGAAGCUUUGCCGGGAAUUCAGCUUGAAUACGUCAACCCGCUUCAAUUUUCACAAAGAAAAUUUCUAGGUUUAGGUUAGCUGAUAAAUGUGAAAGUAUUAU